AUGAAACGAUUCUUUGGAAUGUUCGCUCCGCAGAAGGACGAUAAUCUCCAGAAGAAAAAUUCUGACACGACCAGCAUGAAGGACGAGGAAAUGUCACCAUUUGUGACAUGCCAAAGGGACCACGCCUGGCCGAGUCUGUAUACUGAAGUUGAUGAAAUGCUAGAAUCCAGCGUACUAGUCUAUGCUUUGGCGGAGCUCCGUAGCCUAGCUCGCCAGGGAAAGCUUACAGUGCAAUCGGAAAGGGCUCUAGCAUUGCCUAUUACACAUUCUGAAGUGCUAAAAGUUGUCCAAGGCAACCAGCAUGAACUUGCGGAUUCAAAAUUUGGCAAGGAAUUCUAUAUUGAUUUGCUGCAGACUAUCAGUGAUCGGAAUAUGAUGGCUGGGUCGCCACUCGAACACAGCGAAGGGAAAGUGCAAAAUGCCACUGCAGCUACAAUCGUUGCAUUCGACGAUGAGACUGAGAAAGAGGAGCUUGUCUACAUGAUUGAAGUUGAUCACGUACGUGAACGUGUUACCGUAUGCUUUCGGGGUUCGGUAACUCCUCUGGAUUGGGCUACCAAUCUUGAGAUGUACAUGAAAGAAAUCCCGAAUCGAAUGAAGGCCAAUGCAAGUCAGGUGCCUACUGUUAGAGUUCACAAUGGGUUCCACGACUACCUUUUUGAGCCUUCCAACAGAGGGGCCAAAGGUCCCAACGGUGAGGAUCUAUCAGAAUACCAGGAAAUAUUACAGGAGCAUGUUCUUCCUGUAAUCCACAAGCACCACGACUACAAGGUGUACGUGACAGGGCAUAGUCUAGGAGGUGCCCUGGCAACUCUGUUUGCAUUUGAGCUCACUUGCGAGCCCGAAGCGACCGUACCAAAGCCGGUUACUCUCAUCAAUUUCGCCUGUCCAUACGUUGGUGAUUCAUCGUUCCGCCUUGCCCAUCAAAUGCUCGAGAGUCAGGGUAGACUGCGCCAUCUACGCGUCACCAAUCAUAAGGACUUAAUAACUACUUUUCCGAAAGUAGCCUUUCGUUGGAACGUCUUUGAUCGACGCGCUCAUGUCGGUUCUCUCUUUAAACAUGUUGGUAUCAAUCUUCGCAUUUUUGAAGGUUCCAAGACGUUUAAGCUUUGCUAUCCCAAGGUCACCGACGGGUUCUUUUCAGGAGCAUGGGAUGGAGCUACACGGGGGUGGAGCCAAGCGAUUUUUUCGAAUAUUAUCUGGAAUCCUCUCAACUACUGGACUUUACACACGCUGCGCGAAUACAACAAACGUAUGGAAGUCAAUAAUUCCGGUUUGCAUGCUUUGUUUUUAAACGAUGUCUACGCACAACCUGAUAUCGUGGGAAACUUGGUUCCUCAAAAGUAGCCCAUAGGGAUCUUUCGAAUUGUAAAGCAUCAACUUAAUUCAUGGAAACUUUUAACU